AUGGCAGCCGCAGCAAAAGCUAUCAAAUUUGCUUACAACGGAGCUCUCGCGAACAAUUUGCGAAAGUUCACAUGGAACAACUUGUGGGGAGGUCGUGAAUACGGUCUUCUUUUCCACGACACUUAUUUCGAGCCAGCUCCAGAAGUUACCGAAGCAUUGAGAAGAUUGAACUUGCAAGAACCACAUCUUUUCGAUCAAAGAAAGGUAUUAUUGAUUUUUAGUUGCAAAAAUGAUAUUGAUUUUUUAAGAUUCGUCUUUCACGUGCUCACACUUUGGCUCUUCACGGAGAAAAGCUUCCAAAGGCUGAAUGGACACAAUACGAAAAUGUAAGUUUAUUUAAUUGUUGUCUUUUGACAAAACCAUUCGGUUCAGGAAACAUGGUAUUUGAAACCAUAUCUUGAUGAAAUCGAGGCUGAGAAGAAGGCUCGUGCUGAAUCAUCUGGACUUAUCCCACCAUACCAAAUGAAACAACAUUAA